CACCAGUUGUGCCCCCAUGCGCUCCGGCGCGAUGUGGAGGAGCAGCCUCUGCCUGCGGGAUGGGUGGCGCCGUCUCCUGAACCGACCCUCCGGUGGUCCCACGGCCUCCGUGGGGAAGGGGGCAAACGUCCCGUUCCCAUUCCGGGCCUACGCUCCCCCGGCGGAAAGGAAGAGAUUCUAUCAGAAUGUCACCAUCACACAGGGUGAAGGCGGCUUUGAGAUAAACCUGGACCACAGGAAGCUGAAAACUCCCCAAGCCAAGCUCUUUACUGUCCCCAGUGAGGCCCUGGCCAUCGCAGUGGCCACUGAGUGGGACUCCCAGCAGGACACCAUCAAGUUCUACACCAUGCAUCUGACCACAUUGUGCAACACGUCUUUAGACAACCCAACGCAACGAAACAAGGACCAGCUGAUCCGGGCAGCUGUGAAGUUUCUGGACACCGAUACCAUCUGCUACAGGGUGGAAGAGCCAGAGACAUUAGUGGAACUUCAAAAGAACGAGUGGGACCCAAUCCUAGAAUGGGCUGAGAAAAGGUAUGGCGUGGAGAUUGGCUCUUCCACCAGCAUAAUGGGGCCCAGCAUCCCAGCCAGGACUCGGGAGGUGCUCGUCAGCCACCUGGCAUCUUACAACAUGUGGGCCCUACAAGGUGUCCUGGGUCCUGACUUGGCUUGUGUCCCUGAAGGGAUUGAGUUCGUCGUGACCCAACUCAAGUCCGUGAUGCUGACCUUGGGCCUGAUGGACCUGCGCCUGACAGUGGAGCAGGCCGUGCUGCUGUCCCGCCUGGAGGAGGAGUACCAGAUCCAGAAGUGGGGCCACGUGGAAUGGGCCCAUGACUAUGAGUUGCGGGAGCUCCGGGCACGCACGGCCGCCGGCACCCUCUUUGUCCACCUCUGCUCCGAGAGCACCACGGUCAAGCACAAGCUCCUGCAGGAGUGAGGCGGGCGGUGCGCAUGGCACGCCGGGGACAGAGGCUGCGGAGCCCCGGCUCCCAGGCCUGUGGACACAUGGCCUGGCCUCCACACGGUGUCGACUGGGGGCCUGAGACAGUGCGGCGGUCUGGAGGUCAGCUUGAGUCCACCCCAGAGCCCCUGCCCCAGCCAGCGAGGGGACAAGGUGUACGAUGGCUUUCUCAACCCUGACUGUAUUACACAUUUCUCCCCCUGGAAA